GACCCAGCGCAGUUAUACUGCAGCUUCUAUUCGUCCUGUCGUUAUUGUUUCAUGCGUCGAGCCGACUGACAGCUUGUCCUGUAUCCAUUUUUUUUACUGUACAUCGCUCAAACGACGCUGACAGUGUUUGCUGUUAUUUGUUUUUUAAAAUGCUUCAGUAAAAUGCGUCAUAGUCGUUGUCGGGGGUGUUUUUAUAGCAAUUUGGCUCACUUGGCAGUAUUUUCAUGUAAUAUUGCGUCAACGAGUUUAACGUGUUUUAGGUUGCAGCGACCCUCUCGGCUCAGAGAGCCUCCCCUGCCUCGAUGCCUUUCUUGGGAAAGGACUGGAGGUCACCGGGAUGGAGCUGGACAAAGACAGAGCACGGCUGGAAGAGGAUUUUCCUUUAUGGACACGAGUUGGAAAACAACAACAGAGAAAUCGACUUGAAAGUGCUCUGCACUGACAACAAUGAGCAUCUGUUUGUUGGAGAUGUGUGUGAGCUCGCCACCACAAAGAGGAAAAAGGACCUCUACAACAAUAACACCAAAUCUCAGUUUGUCUUUGUGGAUAAGUGGAUCUACGUACAGAACAGAAGCACCAAAGAGCGGCACGUAUACUCAACGCUCGGUGAAGCCCUCAACCGUCUAGACUUCUCCACUGCCAUUCAGGACCUGAGAAGAUUCAACUAUGUUGCAAAACUUUUCCAGCUAAUAGCCAGGUCCCAGCUGACCUCCUUGAGUGGAGCAGCACAGAAGAACUAUUUCAAUAUACUGGAGCAGAUUGUACGAAAGGUUCUAGACGACUACUACAAUCCGCGCCUCGUCAAGGAUCUGCUGCAGGACCUCAGCUUGACGCUGCACAAUCUGACUAUCCACGUCGGCAGAUGUGUCCUCGUGGGAAACGUCAACAUCUGGUUGUGCCGGCUGGAGACCAUUCACAAAUGGAAGCAGCAGGUCAACAACCUGCAGAUCCCCAAGCAAACGUGCAGCGGCAUGACGUUCAACGACCUGCCGCUGCACAUGCAGAACAAGGUCCUCAGCGAGUUAUCUGAUGCCUAUGACAUCAUUAACGUGGGCCAGGCCAUGCCUGCGCUGCACUGCCUCAGUGAGGACUGGAUACUGUGGAAGAAACUCUGCCACUUCCACUUCUCGGACAAACAGUUCUGUAGGAAUUUGGUCCUUUCCAACAGCGAUAAAGUGGACUGGAAGCUGAUGUACUUCACCCUGAAGAAACAUUAUCCAAUGAAAGAGCAAUACGGCGACACCUUGCACUUCUGCAAAAACUGUAACAUCCUCUUCUGGAAGGAUCGCCCACUGGCUUUGUGUUUCAAGGUACUCCCCAUACUCCCCGUUUGUGCCGUGUUUUCUCAAAUGGUCGCAUUUGUGACUUAUCUUUUUUUCCAUGUGUUAAGCUUUGUCUCAUUCCAUUCCAUUGGUUAUCCUCUCAGUUCAUCUUGAUGUCCCCAUGUGUUUAGUAAACAGCGCUGUCCUUCUGCUUCUCUUUUUAAUGACCCUUAACCCGCAUUCUCGUUCUCGUUGAGUCCUGAGAAAACGGUCAGUUGUCAGUAAGCACCUCGUGGUUUCCUCGUCUCCUUUCUCUCUGACGGUGCGGUUGUUGACUGAUCUUCCAGGACUGCGGCCAUCCAUGCACUGCCGACGAUCCGGAGAGCUGCCUGGUGCCCAUUUCCCCGCAGCACUUCAUCGACCUCUUCAAGUUCUGAACCCUGCGCGACGGCCAUUAAGCGAACCUGCGUUUGCCAAGAGUGUGUGCGAGGCGUCGAGGUCAUCCAGCGGAAUAAAAAGGGCUUCAACCGAAAGAGAUGACAUUGGUUUAAUUGUCGUCAUUUGCUUGCACACAAGUGUUUCCAUAAGACAAAGGAAAGUUUGCAGAUUUUAAGAAUGUUGCUAAUUGUUUGAAUAUAAAGACAUUUUAUGUUGUUCCUCCACUUGCACAAACAAUUGUCUUUUUGACAAAAAUGGCUAAUAAUGAGGGGAAAGACCCAAAUAAUGUAUAAAUAUGUGAAAGGAUUUCUAUGUACAAGGAAUUGUAGCUUGUUUAUGGUAGGUGGCUGUCGAUAGGUCAUGUCUAUUGUUGUUAUUUUUCAAUGGAAACAGGUGAAUAUUAACCAUGUGGCAGAGUAAGAUGUGUCAAUUGUUCAUUUAAUGGGAUUAACUAUUAACUACUAUGGGAUUAACUUUAUGACAACAUAAAGCCUGUAAACAGCAUUCAGUGCUCUGUGUUCAUUAAGAGAACAUAAUGAACUAUCUAGUUUAGACAGAGAAACAUGUUACAUUAUUUAUGGGGGGGAAAUAUUUUUGUAUCUUUCCUUCAACUUUUGUAAAAUUCAAUUGGCGCCCCAAGUGCUGGAACCAUCACUUCACUUUUAUGGGAUAUGAACUAUUAAUAAUUAAAGAUUUCUAAAAAAAAA